GUGACAUCUGUCAAGUCUUCACGAUCAAAUACGUCGGGGGUCGGCCUGUGUUUUAAGAAUUAAUAUCAAUUAAAUUGAAUAAAAGUGGUCCUAAUCGUGGAUCACUGAUUUAUACUGGGCUUUAUCAAAGAUUUAGUGACCAAAAUGAGUAAGCUAAUUCCCUCUGCCGCUAAACUUUUGUCCGGAAACACAAUCACAAAAGCGGCCACCCCGGUUGUAACGACUACGAAAGCAAAAUACAGCACGAAAAGUGAAGCUACGUUUGAGAUUAAGCCCUACAAACUCCACAAAUUGGACAAGGGCCCAGCUCAAUCGGCCACCCUUACGUCAGAAGAUGCCCUCAAGAUUUACGCGCAACUUGCCACGCUGCGGAGAAUUGAGACUGCCUCCGGAAACCUGUAUAAAGAGAAGAUCAUCCGUGGCUUCUGCCAUUUGUACUCAGGCCAAGAAGCGGUAGCGGUGGGCAUGCGUCAGGCCAUGCGUGACGUGGACUCGGUCAUCACGGCGUACCGCUGCCACGGCUGGACGCACCUCAUGGGCGUCAGCGUGCUGGGCGUGCUGUCCGAGCUGACGGGCCGCCGCACUGGUUGCUCGCGCGGCAAGGGUGGUUCUAUGCAUCUUUACGGAAGAAACUUCUAUGGUGGAAACGGAAUCGUGGGAGCUCAGGGCCCCCUAGGCGCGGGCGUGGCGUUCGCACACAAAUACAAAGGCGACGGUGGCGUCUGUUUCGCCCUUUACGGCGACGGUGCCGCCAACCAGGGCCAGCUGUUCGAGGUGUACAACAUCGCCAAGCUGUGGGACCUGCCGUGCGUGUUCGUCUGCGAGAACAACGGAUACGGCAUGGGCACGAGCGUGGAUAGGUCCUCGGCGAGCACGGAGUACUACACCCGCGGCGACUACGUUCCCGGCAUCUGGGUCGAUGGCAUGGAUGUACUGGCCGCUAGGGAGGCUACGAAAUACGCUAUCGACUACUGCACCAGUGGGAAGGGUCCGCUAGUAAUGGAAAUGGAGACAUACCGCUACUCGGGUCACUCCAUGUCCGACCCGGGCACGUCGUACCGCACCCGCGACGAGGUCCAAGAGGUCCGUCAGACCCGCGACCCUAUCACGUCGUUUAAGGAGAAGAUUAUCACCAACGAGCUUGUCACACCCGAUCAGCUUAAGGAAAUCGACGCCAAAGUCCGGACAGAAGUGGACGAAGCGACGAAGCAGGCCAAGUCGGAGCCCGAGAUCGGCGUCGAGGAGUUGUCCGGCGACAUCUACUACAACAACGCGGAGCCCUUCAUCAGGGGCCUGCACCCCGACGCGCCGCUCAGGCACGUCGAGGUCAUGCCUAGGAUGCGCAAUUAAACCUUCAAAUACGUAUCAGCUGGGGAGCUUUUUUUAAAAAAAUAUAGAAGUCCUGUGAGACAGAUUCUGGUGUUUUUUGGUUCUGUCAACUCAGAGUCAUUAGCAUAUUCAAUACUGAUGCUAAAAAAAGUCCCAAAAAUUGGUAUGAGAAUUGUAGUUUCUACUACGUCAUGUACAUACAGGUGACGUAAUGGAACGGACAUUUUGGGACAUCUUUUUUUAAUGGUAGGAUGGAGAAUGCUGUCGAUUCUGAAUAGAACGAGCCCAAGAAUGUUCAGAUUUGUAAGAAUCAGGUUUUCAAUAUUUAUUUUAGAAAACGCACGGGGCAAGGGACUAAUAUGCCGUAGCAUACGCCAUGGCACAUGCUCCAACUGACCAUUUAAAAUGGCAGACUCACUAAAGGUAGGAUGCUUCAAAGUUGGCCUCCUUAAAAAUGGUUUAAUAUUAACCGGUUAGUACAAUUGUAUAACGAACUGUUGUUUUUAAUUUCUAUUUUACAUUGGACACUUUAAGGUUAACCGGUUUUGAACCGGUAAAUUUUUGAAGCAACAGACGUUUAGCAUGUCAUUGUCAUUAGAAAUAUCGCCUCCGUACAAAGCCGAGUUAGAUUUCAACGAAUUCAAAUCUUGAGCGUAAUGAAAAUUAUGUUCGCCGAAUUUUUUAUACCUACUCUUAAAGAGUCAUACGAUACCAUUUUUAAAGAAAAUUUCUACAAUUUUUAUUCACCUUUUUAUUUUUUCUUUUAUGGUUACUGCGAAGUUUAGCACACGCUUAAAAUAUAAUUGUGGUAAAAAUAUAUCAAACAAAAUCGUAAAGAAAUAUCGGCUUUUUAGCUACGCAGUUACUUUUUGAUGGCACUUUAUUGUACAAAGCAUUAUUUGUAGAAUUUUUUUAUAGCAAAUGUGAUGAGUAAGUGAUGAAUACCGUAUAUAGUUAUCUUAUGUUAUUGUAUAUAUGUAUAAAUCCAUAUGUAUAUUUAGUUGGGAUUGAAGAUCUAACAUUCUGUGCUACAUUAAAACAUUACUCUGGGUUACCGUAAUUAGAAAUAUGUAGUUAAAUAAUCAACGAAUUAUUAAACAUAGCCUACAUUAUUUUAUUGUUUCCUACGUAAUCUUUAUGGUGAAUAGGACAAUAGCAUUUUUAUGAUUGUAACCGUAAGAUUAACUGCCAAAACGUAUAAUCAAAUAUCAAAGGAAACGCACAUGAUUAUUUAUUAUGUUGCACGUGUUGAUAUGUCUGUAAGGGUAAUUAAAUUAUUAAUAAAAAAGUAUAAAU